AUGUCAGCACCACACCCCCUCUGCCCCCUCUCGGGUGCGGAGAUCAAAGCCGCAGCCCAGGUGAUCCAGACUGCUUGGCCAGCAUCCGUUUCUCUUCGGUUCAAGGUGGUGACUCUCAGUGAACCCGCCAAGGGAGAACUGGCACCUUACUUGGACGCAAAGGAUAAGGGACUGUCCGCCACUCAACCUGAUCGCAGGGCGUUCCUUGCGUACUACAUCCGGGGAACAGACCUCUUCCAUGAAGCAGUAGUCAAUCUGACAAGCGGAAAAGUUGAGAGCAACCUCAAGCUCGGAGCCAAUGUCCACGGCAACGUCGACUACGAUGAGGCUCAGUUGGUCGAGAAAAUCGCACUUGAGGAUCCCAAGGUCCUUGCCGAAAUUAAGAAACUCGAGCUACCUGAAGGCACAGUCGUCUGCGCUGACCCUUGGAUCUACGGAUCUGAUGGUGUCAACGAUGAUGCCCGUCUGUAUCAGGUUUUCCUCUAUAUGAGAGACCCCAACAAUUCAUCCGAGCCCGACUCUAAUCACUAUGCUUUCCCGUUACCCAUUCUUCCCGUGGUGGAAUGUAACGAGUACAAGAUUAUCCGCAUUGAUAUUCUCCCCACUGGUGCGGAUAACACCAUCAAGCCUCUUAGCCCUUACACACCUAAGCCAGGAAACGAGUACAUUCCUGAGGCUCAGAACCUCCGAAAAGACCUCAAGCCUCUCCAGGUUGUCCAACCCGAGGGACCUAGUUUCACCGUUACACCGGUGGGAGAGACCGGCAAUGUGCUCACGUGGCAGAAGUGGAGUUUCUUCAUCGGCUUCAACCAGCGCGAAGGUAUGGUGUUGUACAACGUCAAGUAUGAUGGCCGUCCACUAUUCUAUAGACUGUCGCUCUCAGAGAUGAGUGUGCCCUAUGGUGACCCGCGUCAUCCCUUCCAUAAAAAAGCCGCUUUCGAUCUCGGCGAUGCGGGCGCUGGAGCCACUGCCAACAACCUACAGCUGGGCUGUGACUGCCUAGGAAGCAUUCAGUACCUCAGUGGUGUCAUUUCCGAUGACCGCGGUCAGCCGGAGUCCAGAGAAAACUGCAUCUGCAUCCACGAGCAAGAUGCAGGCAUUGGCUGGAAGCAUACCAACUACCGUACAGGGCGUGCCGCACUCGUACGAUCUCGCGAAUUGGUGCUCCAGAGUAUUAUUACGGUCUCCAACUAUGAGUACAUUCUGAUGUUCCUGUUCAAUCAAGCGGGUGAGGUGACUUACGAAGUCCGAGCCACCGGCAUCUUAUCAACACAGCCCAUCGACCAUGAGCUAGACAAGGUCGGCACGUCUUUCGGAACCGUUGUUCACCCAGGUGUCCUUGCGGGACACCAUCAACACAUCUUCUCCCUGCGCGUCGAUCCCAUGAUCGAUGGACAUACCAACCAGCUGGUGUACUCGGAAGCGCAUAAGAUGCCGCGCGACCCCAAUUGGAACCCUCACGGUACAGGCUACGAAGUUAUCGACAAGAUCGUGGAGAAGACAUCGGGCCUUGACCUUGACUUUGACGUGAACCGCACGUUCAAGAUCACCAACCCCAACUCCCUCAAUCCCAUCAACGGGAAACCAGUGGCCUACAAGAUUAUGGCGCCGCCUUUCCAGAAGCUCAUGAGCGAUAACGACAGCUUCAACUACAAGCGCGCCGAGUUCGCGGACCACAACAUCUAUGUCACAACACACCGAGACCGGGAGCUUUACGCCGGCGGUUGGUAUACCAAUCAGUCUCGUGGAGGCACCGGUGUCAGGGGCUGGUCUGAGCGAAAUGAGACACUAACUGCCGAGUCCGACAUUGUGGUCUGGGUACAGUUUGGCAUCAACCAUGUGCCAAGAAUCGAAGACUUCCCCGUCAUGCCGGUCGAAAUUCUCAAGUUGCACCUCAAGCCUGUCAACUUUUUUGACAAGAACCCCGCGUUGGACGUGCCUCCUAGCGAGCAGAGCUUCAACAAGAGCACUCUGGUUGAAACUAGUAAGGUGACAAAGGAGGCUGACGGCUGUGGUUGUGAUGGCCCUGCGACGGCAUCGAAGCUAUAG